CUUCAGAGAGAUACCCACUGCCCUCCACCUGGCAUCAUGUCCUUCAACUGCUCCACAAGAAAUUGCUCUUCCAGGCCAACUGGAGGACGCUACACUAUCCAGGCCCCAGUUGCUACGGCUACAACCCAAGAUGUUGACUGCCUGAGUGGCAUCUAUUUGCCCAGUUCCUACCAAACUGGCUCUUGGCUCCUGGACCACUGUCAGGAGACCAGCUGCCAGCCCACUGUUUGCGAGCCAACCUGUUACCAGCGAACCUCUUGCAUUUCCAACCCUGUCCAGGUAACUUGCUCUCGACAAACAACCUGCUCGACUCCCUGCAGCCGGCCACUCUCCUUUGUCUCUAGUGGUUGUCAGCCUGUGGGAGGCAUUUCCAGUGUCUGCCAACCAGUGGGUGGUAUCUCCACUGUCUGCCAACCCGUGGGAGGAGUCUCUACUGUCUACCAACCAGCCUGUGGGGUCUCCAGGACGUACCAGCAGUCCUGCGUGUCCAGCUGCCGAAGACCUUGCUAAGUGUCUGGGAUCCAGUGAGAUAGUCAAGACUCCAUGCCCUGCCAGCUGUGUUUCCAGGAUCUUCCAGCAUGCCGCCUGAAUCUCUUCAGUUCCGACUCCAUUAACCGCUGCACCUCUGGCUGCCAGCCAUGCACAAGCUGCCUUUGGCACUCUAGAAUUCUUCUGGCUGGCACUAAGAUUACUUUAAGGGCUGAUCCCUGGUGCUGGGUAUGUCUCUCAAUGUUUCCAGAGGCUGUACCACCCACAGGCCAGUCCCAAUGCUUCUGACAUGUUUUGCCCUUGCUGCUGUAUCUCCUGGCUUCUGCUUUUGUCUCUGAAAAAGGGAGUUUGUCUUGCUAUGUACUUCUCAAUAAACCUGCAUUAGUUGGC